AUGGGAGCACCGGCGGCUCCGGUAUCUCAUCCCGAUAACCAACAAGCAGCGGCGUGGGUCGCCGGAGAUAACCAACAGAUGCAGCAGCAACCUUAUAUCGUUUACUCUCCUGUCGAACAUCGUCCGAAUAAUAACCCUCUUGAGCCAGUCAUCGGAAUGUUCAAUACAUGGAGCCGUAAAGCCGGAGAUAACUAUAUUGAAUGGCCAAUUUUAUUAUUUUGCUCAAGGCCCAAUAUUACAAACCGACUUUUACAAUUGACGAUUGCUUAA